AUGGCUUCCUUCAACCACCACCAAUCUUCCUCUUCCUGGGCCAUUGGCCCCAAUGGCUUCCAAAAAUACCAACAAACACCAGAACAGAGGGCCAUCUUCACACAGGGUCAAUCGAUCCCCCUCUUCUACCAACCAGACGGGAGCAUUGCUCCAACCAUGCCAACAUUUGGGUUCUCCCAACCACCACCACCUCAACCUCAACCUCAACCUCAACCUCACCACUACCACCACCAACCACCGCCACCUCCCUCAUCAGACUUCUCUUUCGAGACGAGGACCCCUUUCUCGACCACAACACCCGGCCCCGAGGCCCGCGUCAAAGCCCUCGAGGCUCAACUCGAGGAGAUGUGCCUCGCCAAAGUUGCAGCGGAGGAGGCAGCAAACGCUGCAACUGACCAGCGGGCCGAGUUGUGGGAGAGAAUGAAGAAGGUGGAGGCCGACGCAGAGAGGCUUGUUGCCGGGGGAACGCUAACCGAGGGCGUCAGGAAGGAGAUUUUCGCUCGCAUGCGAGUACAGGGAAAGAAGCGGCUCAAGAAAUUGGGCCCCGGCUCGACCAAUUCACCAUCGACCACCACCACUGCCGAGAUCUCUGAGGGUACGACCAGGGAGACGUUCAUCUACGGGUACAUUGCCUCGGACGAUGUCGUCUCCUAUACCAAUGCCUCCACGUCGACCUCCGAUGAUUCUCGGUACGUCGAUGCCGGUUCGGACCCUGUCGUCUCCUACACCGACACCUCCACCUCGACAACCGACGAUCAUCCUUAUACAGACACUGGAUCUGAUCCAGUUGUCUCGUAUACCGAUGCCGCCACUUCGACUGCCGACUCACAAACAUUCACCAGCGUUGGCACGAUGACCGAGCCAGCGUUGUCCCGAGUCCAAGUCAUUGGCGGGAUGAUAUCUUCCAAGUGGCAAGCAGCCAAGAAAAAGAGAACCUUUUUCACUCGUUUUGUUGUUCUCUGCCUUGUGCUCGCAGCUCUUGGUUGUAUCAUCAACCAAAUCGUCAAGUCCUGCCGCCACACCCCUGAGGUGCUGGUGGAGGAUCCAGAACCAGAGACCGUCCCCGCUUGCGACGAGGUCAUCCGCCAGAUCGAGAGGGUUCUCUUCCCGGUCUGCAAGGAGGACGUCUCUGUGUUGCCCGACCUUCGCUUCUGCGGCGAUCGGGGUCCUCUCUGCUGGCUCAAGUGCCUGCGUGUUCUGCCCGGCCGCUCUGGUGGGUUCAGAUACGCUCGGCGCUUGGGUUUCUCUUGUCAGUACCUCAAGGACGCAUGA